GCAUGACCAGAUCUCCAAAUAUAAAACAUGUGCAUGCGCGUGGAAGGAAAGGAGGACAAUAAUGUGGGAUUUGAAAAAUGCAUGCACACACACACACACACACACACACUGAGAGAGAGAGAGAGAGAGAGAGAGAGAGAUUGUCCUUUAAAAUGCAGAGCGUUUCCAAAAAGUGCACCAGGCGCGCGUGCACUUCUCUCACCCUGCAGAUAGGCGAUAAGGCAAAUGCAUCAUGGUUCAUCCUCCUCGCGCGCGCUCACAGCUCGAGUCAAUGCGCGUUUCUUAUUGCGCUAUUAAACUUGUUUGGCUGUCGGAUUUGUUGGGGAGGACAACGAAGAUUAGACGAAUUAGACGAUGUUAGUCUGAUAUGACACUUUUAUUAUUCUCCCAAGACGCUGCAUGUGGAUCUCGCGCGCACUCUGCAGAUACCAGAUCGGAUUCGAGACUUACGUGCAUUGGACUUAACUGAAGUGGGAGGAUUGCUGUGAAUAGCGUGCAUUAAAAAAAAAAAAAAAGUUAGUUUGCAGUGAGGUGAGAAAGAAAAGGACUACAAAAUCAGGUAAGCUGUAUGGAUGCUGUAAAUGCGACCACCUGUACCGGCUGUGUUUUUGACUUAACGUGCAUCACUGAAGCUUUUCUGCGGACUUGACACGCGAGGUACGUUCACGUUACCUUGCAGUUGCAAACCUGGGAAAGCGCGGCGGGCAUGCGGCACGCGCGGAUGCAUGGCCGGGCACGGUGCUCUCCGCGCGCUGCUCCUGCUGCUGCUGCUCGUGGCCGCGGGGACGUGCGCAGGGGCCGCGGAGCGCCUCGCGUGGCUGCUGGCGGACAAGGGGCCGUUCCGCCGCGCGCACGAGUUCACCGAGUUCUCCGAGCGACACCAGCACGGUUUCACCACGCGCUACAAGAUAUACAGGGAGUUUGGCCGAUGGAAAGUGAACAACUUGGCUGUGGAGAGGCAGGAAGCAGUGCCCUUAGACCCCGACUUUGUGCGCAACAUCAGGCAGCUGGGGCGACGGCCGAGCCUGCAGAUGAUCACGGACAAUAUCAUCAAGAAGUAUGGCACUCACUUCCUGGUCUCAGCCACUCUUGGAGGUGAGGAGUCCUUGACCAUUUUCGUGGAUAAGAGGAAGCUGAGCGAAGCCCAUUCAAACAGCGGAGCCGCUAACGGCACGCUGACACUCGAGGCCCUCCAUCACCUCGCUGCUUCCUACUUCAUCGACCGAGACAGCACGCUGAGGAAACUGCACCACCUCCAGAUCGCCUCAGCGGCCAUCAAGGUAACUGAGACGAGGACCGGCCCACUUGGCUGUAGCAACUACGACAACCUCGACUCUGUCAGCUCUGUUUUGGUCCACAGCCCUGAGAACAGAAUUCAGCUCCAAGGCCUCCAGGUUCUUUUGCCGGAGUACCUCAGGAGCCGGUUCGUGCACGCGGCGCUGAGUUACAUUGGCUGCAACGGCGAGGGCCACUUCACGUGCCGGGACGACGACUGCUGGUGUCAAUGUAGUGAGGGGCACCCGCAGUGCAACUGCCCCCACGCCAGCCUCCGAGCACAACACAGCAACCUGGAGCACACCAGCGAGGCCUGGAGGCACGCCAACCAGGAGUUUGAGCAAUCAGAUGAGUUCCAGGCUUUCAUGGUCCGAUUGUCGACACACGCGGCCCUGAAUUUGUCAUCAGUGUGGCGCGCGUGGAGGAGUGACGCAGCACUGCUAAAGCGCUACAGGAAGUUGGAGAACGACGCCGUUUUCCUCCUCAACAAAGCGCAAGAAAGCGCCGCUAAACUCUUCAGCCUCAGCCGGAGGUGCCGCUCGCAGCCCAAAAUAAUCCUGCCAAGGGAAAGGCAUCUCAGUUACUGGCUGCAACGCACCCUUUCCCUUCUGUACUGCGGUGAAACCGAGAGUCCGGGAAUCUACUCGGAGGUGACGCGGAGCUGCGUGUGCCCGGGUGGCCACCUGUCCUGCCAGGGUUUGAUCCCCUGCUCUGUGGGCACCGGAGGCCGUUGCGCAUCAUGCUCUCUGGAAAAUCGAACACGCUGCUCGAGCUGCAACAGCGGCUUCGCACUGAGUCAAGGAUUGUGCCGUCCUGCUGCUCCAAGCCCCACCAAACAGUACCUCGGAACCGAGUCGGAAAUGCAUGACUCGGAACUGCGUGAUCUCCUGGAGCAGCGCGACGGCCACCUAGCCUUAUCCGCCGUCUUCGUGAGCAGCGACGUCAAACUCAACACCUGGUUUGAACCUUCAUGGAGGAAAAGGAUGCUCCUGACUCUAAAGAGCAAUAAAUCCAAGUCAAGUCGAGUGCACAUGCUGCUAGGAAUUUCGGUGCAGAUUUGCAUGACGAAGAACUCGACCCUGGAGCCGACGCUCUCCGUUUCGGUGAACCCGUUCGGUGGGAGUCACUCAGAGAGCUGGACCAUGCCAAUGAACCAUAACGGGUAUCCUGACUGGGAGAAAACGAGGUUAGACACCCCUUUAGACUGCUACAACUGGACUUUGAUGUUGGGAAACCGCUGGAAGAGCUUCUUCGAAACGGUCCAUUUCUACCUGAGGAGCCGAAUCCAGAGCGACGGCGCUCAAGGGAACGAGACGGCCGAUUCGGAAGUGGCGAACAGAAACGUCUCGCAGAAUGUCGGCUACAUGAAAAUUAACAGCAUUCAGCUGUUUGGAUACAGCGUGCACUUUGACCCGGAAGCUAUUCGAGAUUUGAUCCUGCAGCUGGACUAUCCGUACACGCAAGGAUCCCAGGACUCGGCGCUGCAGGAGUUGAUGGAGAUUCGAUACCGAGUCAAUCGAUUAUCUCCUGCUGGCCCGACGCCUCUGGAUCUUUUCUCGUGUCUCCUUCGACACCGACUCAAACUCUUAACUUCAGAAGUGUUGCGAAUUCUUGCGGCGCUGCAGGCUUUCGGCGCCAAACAUCGACACUACACAGAGUACGAAGCGGUCAAACUUUGUAGCUAACAAGUAACAUUCGGAUCCAAUUUAUUGGUUUGUUUUGAUGAAAUGUUGACAGUCUGAAGUUUUUGUUAUUUUAUUAUGACUGCACUGGUUUUGGUGUUUGAUAUAGACGGUUUUACUCUUCAUAGAGAUAUUUGUAUUUGAUGUCUGAUGUAGAUCAAAUGAAACGCAAAUGUUUUACCUGCAACGCAAAUGUGUUUUCCUGAAAACAAUCCCAGCAAUGUUGCGAGAUUUGAAGUAAAUAAAAUGGGUAAAAUCCUAUUUUUAAGUGCCUUAAAUGGUGUGUAGCAACUUUAGCAAGCUCCGAACGCUGCGCUCAUUGGUACGCAAGGCUGCUUUAUUUUCCACUGUUCUCUAUAAUCAAGAAUACUGCCACAUAAACAGUUCAAAAUAAUUCGCUUAAUUAUUCCAUUUCCACUGCACAGCAGGCCACAGCUGCAGAAUCGUACACCUCAUGAUUACUCUUUAAACAUUCUCGUUGUGCUCUUAUAAUAUUUUGGAUAUAAUUUUCAGUGAAGUCGCUGUUGAUUGUUGAGUUUUAAUCUGACGUGCAUAUCAGAUGAUGCGUGAUUUUUACUUGAUGCAAAAGGUUUCAUGUCGUAAACACAACACUCGGAGGUGCUCUGUCACACUUUAACAAAUAGCCGUCAAGCUUCAUGGCCACAUGUGGUCUUUUUCUCAUCCUAUAUUCUCUCUCUCUGUCUCUCUCUGUCUCUCUGUCUGUAGAAGACAGAUCCAGUUCUCCUUGCAUAAAGAAUUAUAUCUCGGCUGGAUUCAGAGUAGAGUUAAGCGCACACAGUGAGGAGUUAAUACAGAAAUCGCACACAUUAGUAUUCAGGGAUGGAGUUUGCCUAAAACUGAGGUGUGUCUUGAGUCCGUUUUUUCUUGCAUGAUAUCAGUUCAUGCGAGGAUCAGAGUUAAAUCCGGCGCCAUUGUCUGACAGGUUGAUGAAUAAAAUCUACUGAAGAACGAAGUGCGCACAAUGAUUUAAUUUAACAGGAAUAGUUACGCAAACGUUUCGAAUUUGGAGAUUUGUCAGUGUGUAGCCAUUUCAAAUCACACUUCCCUUUUUAAAUGACAACCUAAACAGGAUGUUAGGCUAAUUAAACAAAACAGAUUAAAAUGUGUUGUUAUUUAACAAAGAAAGAAGGAUAUUUGUUGAUAUAGUGAAGUUUUCUGUUAGGAGAUGUUUAUGUACAGUAAUAUUUAUGGAAGGAGUCUCCAGUGUCAGUGCUUUUAAUAGUUAUUGAGGUUUUCCCCCACAGGAAAGUCCUCAGGACAGAGUUUGCAUUUUUUUUUUGUUGUUGUUGUUUUUUUUUACUUAACAUCACAAGAGAGCCUGGUAAAGGAGCAACUUAAAGCUUAUAGCUGCUAUAAUGUAAGUGAUAACAGGAGCUAACCUAGCAUUAAAUGUAACUGUAAACAGUUUACAAGUGUGACAUGAUGUUCGUUAUUAAAUGAAAAUCCCUGGCAAGUCGCUGUGAUAUGAGCAAUUCGUAUAGAAGUCAUGCUCGAUAAUUCUGUAUUUUAAUUGACACAGAAAAGUUUUCCUGAUGUAAAUCUUUGGACCAGGACAGGUCGUACAUGUUGUGUAUGAUUUAAUGAAAUAACAUUUCUUUGUCUACGGGCAGGACAAACAUUUAUAGCAUAGAAUAUUCCCAAUAAAAUGCAGUUGGAGCUAAAUGUGUGCAGACUUCAUUCUUCAUUAGAUUUAAACAUGAUUUAAACACUUGUUCUUAAUAUUGUCAGCUUGAUGUCACCAUACAGUAUGACGUCACACAAUAAAUUUUUCAUCAGGGCUGGAAAUACAUUUCAAAAAUGAUGGAAAGCCGUUCCAUUUCACAUGAAGGACAACAGAGGAGACGGACAGCAUCUUAAUCAGAGACGUUGCUUAUCAUGAGGACAAAGUUAUGAAUUUAGUAAAAUGCUGAUAAAAUGAGAUAAGCCAAACUUUGCGACAGUGUUGAAUACUUUUACAGAAUCAGAAGGAUCUUGUUGAACUUAUCAAGUCCGUUCCCAAAUAUCGAUAUAUUUUCUCGCCACUCUUUACAAACACCGUUCCCACUCAGUAUUCACUCUGUACCGCUUGUGCUGUUUUGUUUACAGCUGCUGCUUUCUGUCACUUUUUAGGUCCACUUAAUCACUCAGCAAGCCUUGUGCUUAAUCUCGCGACGUCUCUGAGCGCUGCAGUAUGCGGAAUCGCCUCUCGCCUCUCGUUCAAAUGUUUGGCCUGUUGUGCGUACGGUUACCGGUGUUGUGCAUACGGUAUGGUUGUUUAUCCAAAAGGUGAUUGAACUGUGCGCAGGGUCCAAAGGAUCAACUGGCCUAAUAAAAUAGCUAACUUUUUGCAUGAUCAGAGGUGCCAACAUUUACGGUUUGGCCAUAGCAUUUAUGAUUUUUGACCCCUUCUAUGGUGAUACAGGAGGAAAAGUCAAUUCACCGAAGGGGAAA